AAAAUAAAAUCACAAGUACAAAAUCAUAAUAAGGCAACAAACACUGCUCUCUAGUGGUAAAUUAGGUUUCAAUCUCAAUUACUCAUUUCAAUUUUCCUAUUUUAUCAGAUCUGUAUUAUACCCUACCCGAUUCACAUUCCACGUCAAUUAGCAUAGUUGUACUUCGAUUUCAUUCUGAUCCACCGGGCAAAAAGGAUAAAAAAAAUCCCUUAGGAGAAUGUUUCGUUUCGAAGGGGAAGUGAUCCGAAAACGAAAUUGAUUCCGCGUUUUCUUUUCCCUUGCCAAAGGAAAAAUCACUGAGGUUAUCGUAAUGGCGGAUGCGUUGAUUCCUGCUGCAGUGUCUCGCAACCUUGCUGACAAGCUCUACGAGAAGCGCAAGAAUGCUGCCAUUGAUAUUGAGGGAAUAGUGAAGCAGCUUGUUGCUGGUUCAGAACAUGAUAAAAUAACGGCUGUGAUCAAUUUGUUGACUACAGAGUACACUGGUUCACCACAAGCAAAUCACCGAAAGGGAGGAUUGAUAGGAUUAGCUGCUGCGACUGUUGGGUUGUCUACUGAAGCAAGUCGGUAUCUUGAGCAAAUUGUCCACCCUGUGUUAGGUGCUUUCGCUGAUCCAGACAAUAGAGUUCGUUAUUAUGCUUGUGAAGCACUGUAUAAUAUUGCUAAGGUUGUAAGAGGGGAAUUUAUUGUAUUCUUCAAUGAAAUCUUUGAUGCCUUAUGCAAACUUUCUGCGGACUCAGAUCCAAGUGUGCAAAGCGCAGCUCAUCUCCUAGAUAGGCUUGUGAAGGAUAUUGUGACUGAAAGUGAUCAGUUCAGUAUUGAAGAGUUUAUACCAUUGUUGAGGGAGCGUAUGAAUGUCUUGAGUCCAUAUGUUCGUCAGUUUUUGGUUGGAUGGAUUACUGUAUUGGAUAGUGUCCCUGAUAUUGAUAUGCUGGGUUUUCUUCCUGAUUUUCUUGAUGGUUUGUUUAACAUGUUGAGUGAUUCGAGUCAUGAAAUUCGUCAGCAAGCUGAUUCAGCUCUUUGCGAGUUUCUUCAAGAGAUUAAAAACUCCCCAUCUGUAGAUUAUGGUCGAAUGGCUGAAAUACUGGUACAGAGGGCAAGUUCUUCAGAUGAGUUUACUAGAUUAACAGCCAUCACAUGGAUAAAUGAGUUUGUUAAACUUGGUGGCGACCAGCUUUUUCCAUAUUAUGCUGGUAUUCUUGGAGCCAUUUUGCCUUGUGUAUCUGAUCAAGAAGAGAAAAUUAGAGCGGUUGCUCGUGAAACCAAUGAAGAGCUACGUGCAAUCGAGGCUGAUCCAGAUGAAUCGUUUGAUGUAGGAGCUGUUCUCUCCAUUGCUAGGAGGCAACUAUGUAAUGAAUGGGAGGCUACCCGGAUUGAAGCUUUACAUUGGAUAUCAACCCUUUUAAACAGGCACCGUGCUGAGGUUUUUACAUUUCUGAAUGACAUACUUGACACCCUAUUGAAAGCACUUUCUGAUCCGUCUGAUGAGGUUGUGCUUCUAGUUCUUGAAGUUCAUGCAUGCAUUGCUAAAGAUCCUCAGCACUUCCGACAGCUUAUUGUUUUCCUAGUCCACAACUUCCGUGCGGAUAAUUCUCUUUUAGAGAAGCGUGGUGCUUUGAUAAUUCGUCGACUUUGUGUGCUUUUAGAUGCUGAAAGAGUCUAUCGUGAACUAUCUACGAUACUCGAAGGCGAAUCUGAUCUUGAUUUUGCAUCAGUUAUGGUUCAGGCUUUGAAUUUGAUCUUACUCACAUCGUCAGAAUUAUCUGAACUUCGAGCUCUUUUGAAGCAGUUAGUGGCAAAUCCUGCUGGGAAGGAUUUGUAUGUUGCCUUGUAUGCUUCAUGGUGCCAUUCUCCAAUGGCAAUUAUAAGUCUCUGCUUCCUAGCUCAGACCUACCAACAUGCUAGUGCUGUGAUUCAGUCUCUAGUUAAGGAGGAUAUUAGUGUCAAAUUCUUGGUCGAACUGGAUAAGCUAAUUCGCUUGCUGGAAACCCCGAUCUUUGCAUAUCUAAGAUUGCAGCAAAGUGCUGCCUUUAAGAUUCUAAAAACUCGUCUAAAAGCCGUGCCACCAUAUUCUUUAAAUGGCGAGCAAUUUAGGAGAACAUCCUCAGGGAAUCCCUACCAAUUUCUUCAUCACAUGACCGGUGGAUCUCAGAUCACUGAGGAUGGGGACAUAGCUGUGGAUGUUGGAAACCCAGAUAAUGGAAUCAACUUUGCUGCAAGGCUACAACAGUUUGAGCAAAUGCAAAACCUGCAUUGCAUGCAUGCUAGAGCUCGGGUACAUUUGCGCAAUGCUUCCACUUCUAAUCAUAUGGAGGACGCAGAGAGACUGGAAGAAACAAGGCAACGUCUGUCAUCUGAUUUUCGUGUUUCUUCUCCUAGAUCAUCAGAAAGAGGCUCUGGGCAGCUACAACUAUAAUUAUAAUGUUGUAUUUGCCCAUUGUGAGUCAAAUUAUGUACGGAUCUCACUGUAUGUGAAAUUUGGAAUCGGUUAGGCUAUGUAGAGUUGUAAAUCAUAGUAGUUUAUUCUACUUAUAGAGGCUGGGGUGGUGAAAAUUGGGUUUGGAAUCACCAAGAAGCUUGGGUUUUCCUGGGCUAUUCUUUCGACCUUGUUAACAGGGGAGGCUCACGUGGUUCUAUUAUGUUUUGUUGACGACCAUGUGAGCCAGAGGCAUAUAUUUAUUUAGAGGAGUUUCAUUUCUUUAUCUGUCCAACGUCCAUUUACAACCUUCUGGUAUUAUAAGCAAUUUGCUACAGUUCGUAACAUUAAUGUGCUGCAAAGUGGUGUCCAAAGCUUAGUCAGGUUACAGUGGUAUUAUUUAGUGUUUACUUCAAAUCUUCAAAUGUUGCGUGUAUGAAAUUAAUGAUGGCUUCCUGAAAGAUGAGGGUCUUCUCUUGUAUAAAUGGAAAUCAGGUGAGAAAUUGGAGGUGAAAUGAUUAAUUUUCAUUUCUGUCCUCAGUGGGAGGCUGGGCAAGACAGUUUGAAAAAUGGCUUUUGGAUGUGUAAUUAUCAAUCUCCAGGUUAUUUUAAAAGCUUUCCUGUUAUUAUGUUCUUGUUCUUAUGCUGAGAAAAUUGACACUUGUAAAUAACAAGACAAGUUUUCUUAUACAUUACAUGGAACAUGGUAAUUAUUGUUGGAUUGUG